AUGAUGAAUCCUAAUGAUGUUUCAGAGCAGAAUCUUACAGAACUGAUCAGCAUGGAAGAUUUUGAAUGGAUGAUAAAUGAGAUUAAAGAUCCCAUUGGAAUGAAUUUGGACAUGUAUCAGUACAUUCCUGAACCCAUCACCAAAGAAGAUAUUUCAUCUGAGACUCUUCCAGAAUUGAUGAGCAAAGAAGAUAUGGAAUGGAUUGUCAAUGAUGUUAAAGAUUCUAUUGCAUUGGAUUUAGCGGUCUACCUCAUUCAUGAACCCAAAGAAGAGAUGAGGAAAAAAGAUGAGAAUCUUCCAGAAUUAAUCAGCAAAGAAGAUAUGGAAUGGAUAGUGAAUGACCUUAAAGAAGAUCCCAUUGGAAUGGAUUUGGACAUACAUCACAUUACAGAAUCCAUGACCAAAACAGAUAUGAGGAUCCUGAGGAGUCAAAUGAAUGACAUUGCUAAUUUACUGGAGGAUUUCAAAAAAACAAGUAAGGACACGGGCAUGGGUUUAAUACAAGAAAGAUUAUCCAAAUUAGAAGGGCAAGUCAACAUGAUGGAAAAGAACAUGAAAAAAAGUUCUUACCAGACAAGAAAAGACUCACCACCCCUCAGAAAUGAGUGUAUUGAAGAUCAACACUUAGUGAAAACUCACGAAAAAAAGACUCAGAAACAAAAAAGCACUCCUUGUGUGAUGUUAUAUGAUGUACAAAACACUCUUAACACAGUGAGUUCGGAUGGCCGAAAUAUGGAACUUUUAGUUACCCUUGUGGACUGUGGAUCCAAUAUCAACGCUGUUAACAAAAACGGGUACAGCCCAUUGAAUUCCUAUGUCAAAGACGCUGAAAAACUUAAAAGCAAAGAUGUGAUUGAUCUGAUAUCUAAGGGUGCAGAUCCGAAUUGUUGCCCAGAAGGAUGUGAAUCCCCCCUAACUAAUGCUUUAAAGAGAAAGCAGUACGAAAUAGCAAAAGUUCUUUUGGAAUCUGGAGCGCUAGUUAAUCAUGUCAGUAAAUCUGGUAUUACAGCGCUUUCCAUGGCUGUUUCGCAAGAAAGGACAGCAUACAAAACAAUGCGAGAAGAGAUCGUGGAUUAUCUUUUAGAGGCUGGAGCUGAUGCCAAUAUCCAGACAGAGCAAAUGACCUCUCCGCUUUGCAAUCUGUUGUCAUGUCCAUUCAGAUCAGAUACCUUGGCAAUUCUUUCUAACCUUUUACAGCAUAAUGCCGAUCCCAACAUUGGGACAGAAAAUCCGCUAUGUUUGGCAUCAAAGGUAAAUUCAGAUGCUGUUGAAUUGCUUUUGAAAGCUGGGACCAAUGUCAAUAGAAAAGGGUCAGACGGAAACACACCAUUAGUAAAAUGUUUAGAUUCCAAAAAUGCGGAUGACAUGGUAGAGACUUUGAAGGCUUUGAUAGAAGCCGGGGCAGACACAAAUAUAGCAAGCAACACUGGAAAAUACCCUUUAGAAAUAGUCCUUGAAAACUCUGUUGUUCGUGGUAAUAUACAUAUUGUUAAGGAAUCACCACGUCCAAGGUUAUGGGCAUCAAUGUAUUCCGAAGAACAGACCGAAUUACAUUUGGAAAAACUUGUAUCUCUGUUACUUGACGCUGGAGCAAAGUCUGAUCAAUGUAAACCGGGUGUAGAUUCCACUCUACAUAUUGCUGUGACCAUUGGAGAAACAAAUGUUUUAAAGUUGCUCAUUAGCAAUGGCGCUGACGUGAAUCAUAUUGGUGAAAACCAAGAAACACCUCUACAUCGAUAUUUAAAGAAAGAUACCCAGAAUAGAAACCAAGAAAUUCUUAAGACAACAACGAAAUGGUUCGUUCGUACAGUACCAAUAUUGGACAGCAACCUAGAUACUGUAUUGGAUAUUCUACUGUCAUGCAAAGCUAAUCCAAAUACAAAAGAUGGAGAUGGAAAUAUUCCAUUACGACUUGCCCUAGAAACAAAUGCAGAGGACUUCCGAAAGCUACUAGCAGCAGGAGCUGAUCCCUUUUAUGAAGGAGAAAAUAUGUUCAAACAUUGUGUCAUUUUGGAUGAUUUUACCUUCCUUAACGUACUGCUUCAGGAGAAAGGGACAGCAUGUAUAUGUGAUAGUCUAUUUUCCUCAUUUUGGGAGAAACAAAAUGAUGCUACACUCUACAAAAAUAGAUUACAAAUUGCAAAUGUGACGUUACAAAUGUUAAGUACGCCCCAGGAGCUUGACGUAGAUAGGAAAAAUCGCUCUGGCAAAACACCUCUCCUCUACUUUUGUGAACAAAAUGAAGACAUGGUUGUAGAAAGGUUGUUAGAAAGAGGAGCAGAUGUUAACAUGGUCGACAAUGAAGGGCGAACGGCAUUGCAUACAAUAUUUGACUCUAAGGGUUUGGGUGAGGAUGUAAAAUAUCAUAUUCUUACGCUACUGAUGAAGAAGAAACCUGAUGUGAAAAUUAAAGAUGCAACUGGGAAGACAGUUUUCCAGAAAGCAGAGAAAGUAUACAAAGAAAACCAAGAACAUUACUUCUUCAGAUACAAAGACACAGACUACAGAUGGUUGUCGUUUCUAAUGAAAGAGACGUUGCUUACAGGAGAAAUUUGCGAAAAACAUCAUCUUACUUCCUUGCUUUUGCUAGCAGCACAGAGAAAACACUUUGGUUUCAUGACGUCGUUGGUAGAGAAAGACAGACAGAGUGUAUCUCAUGAAGAAUGUCUGAAUUUCUUACGGAUAUACAAAAAACACGGGGGACGAUUAAAUGAAGUGGACGGCGAUGGGAACACACCGCUAAUGUUGUUUUUGAAGCAGGGGAUUUACGACUUCGACGACACUCAGGAUAAACUCUUGGGUUUGAGGGACGAGAUAGUGUCAGUUCUUGCUUGUGACAGAUUAACAGUAACAAAACGAGACAAUACAGGAUUAUCAGCUAUACAUAUAGUUUCAUCGAAAGGAUGGUUAAGCACGAUGAAAAUUCUAGUGAGUAAGGGAGCCAAUCUUUGUGAAAAAGAUGACCUGCAGAAUACAUGUCUCCAUCAUUGCUUAAAAGAAGCUCCGGGUGAGGUUGUGUAUGACAUGGUCGUAUAUCUUGUUGAAAAGGGGAUAUUGGUAAAUCAACUUAACACCACGGAGAAAAGUCCACUUUUUAUUCUGGUCGAGAGAAGGGAGACUUCUGAGAUUGAUUUCGUCACUACUGUUGAAUAUUUAUUGAAAAGUGGAGCUCUUCCAAAUCUGCAUCUCAAUCGCAAUAACCCUCUUGUAGCAGCGAUUCGCUCAGCAAAUGUUAAAGUAAUCGCUCUGCUCCUGGACUACCACGCACACGUAAAUAAAAUUGAUGAUGGUCCAACAGCUCUGCAUGUUUUCUUCAGAUGCUUUCGCAACUACAUUAGAACAAGGAAAGAUGACAUAGAGAAAGUGGUACACAGAAUUUUGGAAAAGGGAGCAAAGGUGAAUGACAAAGAUAAUGAUGGAAGCACUGUUCUUCAUCUUGCCAUCAAGGCUUUUCGUAUGGUAAAACAACAAUGCAACACUGAGAGUAUUAUACAGCAGCUUCUUGAUUUUGGUGCAGAUAUAAAUUGUGUAGACAACAGCGGACAGACCCCAUUGAGCGUAGUUUGUGAAACUGGAAGUCGUGGUUCUGUUGAUCAAGCUUCUUUGGGAUGUUAUUUAUUAUCGAAAGGAGCGGACCCAAACAUCGACUUUGUAUUGAAUCAGUGUAUGCGAAAUAUUGAUUAUUACGGCUUAAGUGCCGAAUGGAAGGUUUUCAUACAAUCUUUGAUACAAAACGGAGCUGACCCAAAUCUCUACAGAGAUGGCAACCCACCCAUUUUAUUGGCAAUUAGGUCGGGACUUCAAGAUUUAGUAAAACUGUUUCUAGAGAAAGGAGCAAGUAUUUACUCAUCUGAUAAAGAUGAAAACACCUGCUUACAUUUAGCAUGUGAUUUAAAGGCAGAGUCUUCAAGGAAUGAAAUAGCAUCACUUGUGCUUGAGCAUGGAUGCAGUAUUAAUAAACAAAAUAAAUGUGGAAUAGCACCAUUAUCAAAUCUGAUAAAAAGGAUAACGGAGGACGCAGACUCAAUGAAAAUCGGUCAGACAGAAACAGCUAUCGUUGCAAAAGUUGACCUCUCAUUGUUUAAUAGAUUAAUUUGUGGUGGAGCUAAAAUGGAUCCUGCUAUACAAUCAACAUCAUAUCAUUACAGAAAAUCGAUAUUGGCCACCUUGCUGAAAAAUGGUUUCUUUGGGGCUGCAGCUACCUUGCUUAAAUGUGGAUAUAACUUCAAACUCGAUAAAGACUUUAAAAACGUGGAACUAUCACAUCUUGAAAAUUCAACAAUUUCAGUGAAAGGCAAAAGUUACAAAAGAAUAAACUACGAUCAAGAGAAAACUGAAUUCUUCAAUGUUCUGAAGAAAUAUGAAGUAGAAGAGGAGUCGUCGCUUUCAUCUUUAUGCAGAAAUACUAUACGAACACAUUUAAUUGAUGUUCGACAAGGAGCCGAGAUAGAAUCUAAGAUCAUGUCUCUUCCUAUUCCUGGACGAAUUAAAACAUAUCUAGCUUUAAGGGAAUACACACAAGAUUUUGAACAAAUUCAGAUAGAAGAAAAGAAAAGCAGUCCAAUUGGUUUUAACAUACGGACACUCUUGGAUGAUUACUAUGAUAUGUACCACUACGGUGCUGCAUAUUAUGGAAUGGAUGAUUCAGAUGUUGACGAAUACUUACAUUACUACAGAGACACCAGUGAUUCAGAUGACUAUUACUAUUAAUCAACAGUAUACUCAAUAGAGUUACAGGCUGUUUCAUAAAUCUUCAAUUUAAAAACAUACUGAUUUCGUAUUGUCAUUCAAUGCCAUUAUUUUUUUUUAAAUUCAGAAAUGACUCAUGUGUAUUAAUUUUUAUCACAAUUAUAAUUAUUUUUCUUUUUUUAUAGAUUGGCCUGGAAAAAAAAAUUAUUCUAUAACAGAGGGUAUUUGAAUUGAUAUGUAAAUGUUUGACU